AUGGAUCAAGAUCAGGAUGAUCCGUUCGACUGGUCUGUCGAUCAGGUUGUGCAAUAUCUUUGUCGCAAUGGAUCUACUCCGUGGUCCGUUUCGAAGAGUCCGAGCCCUCUACCAGACCGAAAGCCUCUCGAGGCUGCGCUUCGCGAACACGGAAUCACAGGAGAGGUACUACUCAAUGCGCGUCUUGAAGAUUUCCUUAGAAAUAGUCUGAAACUCAAGGAGGGUCCCUAUUACACGGUCAGUAAGGCGAUUCAAUAUGCUCAGCGUCUCUCUGCAAAAUAUCAAGCUCUACAAAAUCAGGAACGGUCGCAGUUUGCCUCUACAAUGCUUCCUAUGAUGAACAACGAUCAAGCUUGGGCACAUCCUUUCAACCCUGCUCGGAUAUACAAUUAUACACCUGCCACCUUCCAUUUUUCUCAAUCCACAUUUUGGGGGAAUCCUUCUAUAGCGGGAAAUGAGGGGGACAGGUUACCAAAUGAGCAGCUCCUUGCUAACUUGCAGGCUACACAAAUCCCAUCAUCGCCUCGAAUAGCCGAGGUCGAUGAUGUCGAGUUACGUGAUGCCCGCGUCGAGAAUGGUGAUGGAAAUACAGGUCAGGCAGCCUCGCCCAUAUUGCGUUCGAAUGAAGCUAUCCACAUUGAUGAACACGGUCGAAAGCGGAGAAGACUAAAUCUCACUUCAAAUGAACCGCAUCCCUCAAAAACACCAGCAUCACAAGAAAGACGGACAGAGAUAUCAGCGCAUACUUCUCCUGAGUCUUGGUAUAUGGGACCUGAUAAGAUGGAUACUGCAGAUAUUUUCUACCCAAUCCAAGCCGAUUCAAAAAGUGACGAUUGGUCCUUUUCCUUUUCUAAACGCUCUCUUGGUCAAAGACUUUUUGUGAAAAGAAAGCUGUUACGUUUUUUUCGCAAGCAAGCCGUAUACUUGCCAUCACAGAAAGGGACUCGUCGUUUCGCUGUGUUUCCUUAUGAUGAAGAUGAAGCAAACCGUGGCAAGCCCAGAUACUAUACAAUGUACACAUCACACAAAGGUACCACGAAAGUCAACAUGAAGUCCACCGCUGAUCCUGAUCACGAAGUCGAGGAUCAGAGCUCGCAUGUCCAGACGGCAAGUCCUUACGAUUACCUUCUCCAAAAGUAUCCAGUUAAAGAGGAUGGGGAUAUAUAUCCUGUGUUUGGUGAUUCUGGCUCAGAAGGCGAAUAUGACUCUGAUACGUGGCGCGAAAUAGAAGAUGAAAGAGAACAGGCGACAGUUCGAGGUCCAAGAUUUCUGUCGAUGCAGCAGGUAGAUUCUAUAAUCGAUCAAUGCAUCAAAAACUACGAGGAGCAAUGGAGGACCAAGAACUUGCCUAAGCUGGAACUCGAAGCCCACAGAUUAUGGGUAGAUGCUCUUCGGAACCGGUGUCGUAAUGCCCGCAUUAAGAUCAUGUUGGAUGGCAUCGAACGCCUAAAUUUACGGCUGAGAAAAAUUAGAAAAGAACUUCAUGGUCAUGAAUGGAUGCAGCGUGUCCAUCUGGAAAACCAGUGCGAAAGCAUGGAGCGAACAGUCUUCGAGCUCGAAGAUCAGAAGCGGCGAAUUGCUAUUUUGGAGUUACCGCGAUGCCCUCCCAAGCCUUCUUUGGAACAUCGUAUAGCUGCAAAGCCAAGAAAGAGAAUUGUUCGGACUCCCCCAGAGGAAGAAUCACUGGGAUCUGACUCCGAUGAUGAAUCGUUAGGAGACUUUAUUGAGGAUAAUAUGGAUCUCGAUAUUGAUAGUGGCCCCAGCACGGAUGCAGCACCGAAUGGUGAGCACAACGCUGAUACUCAAGCAGCGGUCGACAUUCCCAGUACUACUACAGAUUCUCACAUCCUCAGUGACUCUAAUAGUCCUCAUGCUCGGCGGAAAUCUGCUCGAGCGGACAUUACCAACAAAGAAUUCAUUAAUGAAAACAACCAUGAUAGCGAGUAUGCAGGUGCCCAGCGUCGAUUAGGCUUCUACUAUUCAUCUGGUAGCGACUCAGACGAGUACUCGCCGCAGCCAACUAUUAAUGUGGCUGGUCACGAUGUCGAAGUCAUUGAUCUGACCAUGAGCCCCAAAUCGAAAUCGGAUGUGCCUUUGAAUAUUGUACGACCACUAAAGACGAAAAGCCGGACUUCAGGAAUUGACAACAAUGUGUCGGUGGUUGUUCCCUCUUCGCAGAAAUCAAAUAUUUUUUCAGAAUCCGAUGUCAAAGAAGAUCCUGAAUCAAAACACGCCCGUUCGGGAGAAUAUAAGGACAAAAAGAAAGGUGAUUUUCCUUCAGGUCGCCGUCCGAGCCGAAUAGAACUUCUGGAAAUGAUGAUACAGGGGCUCCCCGAGAAAACUCGCUCAGCAAUGAUCGAUCGCCUUCCCACAUAUUCGGAGAGAAGGCUCAAGCAUGUAGUUAAAGGAGCAUUGAGAGCCCUUGACAAGGACAAGCGCCAUGUACCAGGAAUGAAUGAUGACGAUAGUGACUUGGUGAUGCGAGCUACAGUUUUAUAUAUUGCAUGGGUCAAUUUGCGGCAAUUCAACACAUCCGGUAUUGCUAAAACAUCAAUCAAGAAGACUAUCGACAACAUUGAGAACCCUGAAGGUGACAGUAGCGUUAAUUUCGCUGAAUACGUUUCACAGCUUUUUCAGUUACUUGAUCAAUACAAUCCGAAGCCCACCAGCCCUAGCACAGGUGACUCCGAUGAGGAGGAGCUGGUUUCUUCUUCUCGGUCGCCACAUAAGAGAAAGAGACACCUGAAAGAAGACCAGGCAGUGAAAAGUGGGCAGGUCGCUGCUAAGCAGCGUGUCGAGCACCAAGAACAGCAGCGGAAAAUGUUGGAACAACGUCUGGAACGAGUUGGAGUUAGCAACAGUGAUCCAGAGCACCAGGCCGUGAGCUUUGAACAGCCAACAAUAUUUCUUCACCCUCAUAUUGGGCGACGCGUUAAGCCACACCAACUCUCUGGCAUUCAAUUUAUGUGGCGUGAGCUGAUACAGAACGAGAAGCGGGAUGGCUGUCUCCUGGCGCACACCAUGGGUCUAGGGAAGACCAUGCAAGUAAUCUCUCUACUGGUUACUAUUGCUGCCGCUGCAAAUUCUCCAGACCGUGCGAUUCGCAAUCAAGUACCGGAUUUUUUCCAUCGUUCUCAGACGCUUAUAUUAUGCCCCCCCUCAUUAAUUGACAAUUGGUAUGAGGAAUUUUUGAUGUGGACACCAAAGGAACACGCCUUGGGCCCAAUACGGAAAAUUGCUCCCUCAGAUCACCCUAGCACCAGGAUUUCCACGGUCGAACAAUGGCAUACGGAGGGAGGUAUCUUAAUUUUGAGUUACCACCUGUUCCGUAACUGGGUCGAACAGAAAACAAGGAAAAAUCAGAAAUAUGCACCGGAAGCACAGGUUCUGCCACAAGUGAGAGAAUACUUAUUGAAGGAUCCCAGAAUAAUUGUUGCCGAUGAGGCGCACCAAAUGAAAAACAAGGACUCCGUAUUAGCUCAGGCAGCAUCCCUGCUACAAUCGAAGAGUCGUAUCGCACUUACUGGUUCUCCUCUGGCAAAUAAUCUCAUUGAUUAUUAUGCGAUGGUUAACUGGAUUUCUCCAAAGUACUUGGAUAAGAUUGACGUCUUUCGUGCCAGGUAUCUUGAGCCAAUUGAACAAGGGCUGUUUGCCGACAGCACAUAUUUUGAACAGCGCAAGUCGCUCAAAAAAUUGCAGAUCCUGAAGGAGAUUCUGAAUCCCAAGAUAAACCGAGCAGAUAUCUCCGUUUUGGAAGGCAGUUUGCCAAUGAAGGUUGAAUUUGUGAUCACUGUGCCCCUUACCGAAGUUCAGAAGAAAGCCUACAAUCAAUAUGCAACUUCACUUUUGGAUGCGAAAUCAGGGGCAUCAUCGGUCUUGAGCACUACUCUCCUCUCUUGGUUGGCUGUCUUAGGACUAUGCUGCAAUCAUCCUUCCUGUUUCUAUGACAAACUGGCCAAGAGAGCUGAAGAACUGGCCCCUAAAAAUAUAAGUGAAGAACUUGCCGAUCAGGAAGCAUUCCCAGGCGAAGUGCCGUUGAGCUCGCUUGGUUUUAACGAAGCUAUGUGGGCACCUCAAAAGGAGCUUUUAUCAACUGUCCCUGAUCUCGACCACCCGAGACAUUCCUAUCGAGCAGAGAUAUUUAGAAGAAUCGUCGAGGAAUCUGUGCGCGUUGGUGACAAAAUUCUUUGCUUCUCGCAAAGCAUUCCAACACUAAAUUACCUUGAGAGGCUUUUGCAGUCAUAUAGCAUUAAGUUUAACCGAUUAGAUGGUAGUACUGCAGUCCGCACUCGCCAGGCAGCUAUCAAGGAAUUCAACAACCGGGAAGAUAUCAAAGUCUACCUCAUAUCCACACGUGCAGGUGGGCUUGGGUUGAAUAUCACUGGCGCAAAUCGUGUGAUCAUUUUCGAUUUCGGCUUCAAUCCUACCUGGGAAGAGCAAGCUGUUGGUCGAGCAUAUCGCCUAGGACAGAAAAAACCGGUCUACAUAUAUCGCUUUCUGUCAGCGGGGACUUUUGAAGAAAUCAUACACAACAAAUCAAUCUUCAAAACUCAAUUAGCAAUGCGUGUGGUUGACAAAAAGAAUGUCCAACGCUCCGCUUCAAAGUCCCUUGGAGAAUAUUUGUUCCCUGUGAAGGACUCACAGAAAGAAGAUAUUUCCGAUUUCAUUGGCAGAGAUCGUGAUGUUUUAGACAAGAUUCUCUUAGCCAAUGACCAAUCUUCCACCAGCAUCUUGAAAAUUGAGCUGACAGAGACAUUUCGUCGGGAGCACAAUGAGAUGCUUACAGAGGAUGAGAAAAAGGAGAUGGAACAAGAGCUUGAAAUGGAAUUGCUAAGAAUGUCUGACCCAGCUGCGUACGAGCGAAAAAUGUUGGAGGCAACGAUGGUCUAUCCUAGUCCAAACGCUGGCGCUGUCAACAACUAUAACAUCGCAUAUGACAGGCCUAUGGCGACACCUCCUUCCACGCAACCUGACAGAGCCUUUUUCAGGCCUCCGCCAUGGGCUGAUACGAAUCCACCUUCAGCCCGGUCAGCUAACCCAACGCCUUCGCCAUUUGUUUCAGGAAGUAACAUCUCUACUCCAUUACCGUUCAGCCAGCCCUCUUUCAGAAUACCAGCUCCCGGACCAAUGUCUAUGCCUAUGCAUCAAAAUAUAAUUUCCACGCCGACAAACAAUAAAGGAAACAACCCUCAAGACCCGGAAAGCAUCGCCGAAGCGUAUUUGAAAUCGAUCAGCGCCCCGAGAGCCAUCAACAAUAAAAGCCACAGUCCUAGUCUUCCUCCUCGUUCUCGUCCCCCUUCUUCGGAGAUUAGACAGCCAUCGAGCUCUUUUACCACACCGACAGUUAGCAAUACUCCCAAUCCCACCUCCCUCCUCACCCUCCUCCAUCAGAAGCUGCAAUAG